AUGUGUACACUGCAUAACCAGCUCUACACUGCCCUCGUCCUCCUCACCCCCUCACCCAUCCCGACCGCCCCCUCGGAACAGACUUUCCGCUCACGCGACUCCCCCUCAAAAUCCCUGCCCCUGCCUACCCUCUCCGACCCCGCAGAGGUCGACCUCACAGUCGUCAUCCCCGCAUACAAUGAGACCGCCCGCCUCCCGUCCAUGCUCUCCUCCACGCUUGCGCACCUCCGUUCCCUCCCUGCCAAGAAGCAAAACCGGACGUACGAGCUGCUAAUUGUGGACGAUGGCUCGUCGGACGACACGGCGAAGCUCUCUCUCCGCCUGGCGGACGAGAACCCGGACGCGAAUAUCCGCGUCGUGGAGCUCACGCGCAACCGCGGCAAGGGGGGCGCCGUGCGCCACGGUAUGCUCCACUCGCGUGGACGCAGGAUGCUCAUGGUCGAUGCGGACGGUGCCUCGAACUUUGAGGAUCUCGAGCUGCUUUGGGACGCGAUGGACGCGAUGGAGCGGGAGCAGGGGCAGCGCGGGGAGCUGAAGGCCAAUGGAGAUGCGAAAAAGCCGAAUGGCAAUGCCAACGGCUCAGCCGCGAAGAGGACAUCUCCAGACGAGGACGUCGCAGCAGUCGUUGUCGGCAGUCGCGCGCACCUCGUCAAGACCGAAGCCGUCGUCAAGCGCUCCCUCCUGCGCAACAUCCUCAUGUACGGCCUACACACCCUCCUGCGGCUCGUCAACGUUGGCCACAUCCGCGACACCCAGUGCGGCUUCAAGCUCUUCUCGCGGCGCGCCGCCGCGCACAUCUUCCCCGCGCAGCACCUAGCCACGUGGAUAUUCGACGUCGAGCUCCUCUUGCUCGCCAAGCAGCUUGGCAUCGCCGUGUGCGAGGUACCUGUUGGCUGGCACGAGGUUGCGGGCAGCAAGUUGAAUGUUGUGAGGGACUCGCUGCAGAUGCUUAGGGACCUGCUGGUGUUGAGGGGCAAUCAGCUGACGGGGCGGUGGAAGGUGCAGCCGAUGGAGAGGAAGAGGUAGAGAGGUUGGUUCAGAUGGCGAGCGGAUGCUUGGUCUGUUACUAUGUACAGACUCGGUCGUUUAUGUAUUGCAGUUAGAGUAAUUUGGUUCAAUAUCUACUGGAAUUUGCGAAACUAGGAGU